AUGGUGUUGGGAGGAGUGCGAUAUCCAUGUUUCAAAGGUGGAAUUUUAAAGGGUUUGAUUUUAGAAUCCUGUGGCACGAUCUGGGUCACUGUGCUUCCUUUCCCUGUUUCACUCCCUUGGAUUCCGGUGGUGGUGUUUUUCCGUAGAAAAGUUCCUUUCCUGGGUGUUUUCAUGGCUUCCCCUCAAUCUGUUGUGUCUCCAUUCAAAGGCUCUGUUGUUGCUGAGCCCGAGAAGCAGAAAUCCAACUUCUUCAUCCGUACCGCUGGGCCUUCAUCCAAUGGAACUGAUGCCAAUAGAAAGGAAGCCAUGGUUUGUAACUCAGAGAACUCCAUUGGUGUUCUUGAGGUUUACGUUCAUCAGGCCAGGGACAUCCACAACAUCUGCAUAUACCACAAGCAAGAUGUCUAUGCUAAGCUAUGCCUGACAAGUGAUCCAGAAAACACAGUCUCCACCAAAACCAUUAAUGGUGGUGGUAGAAAUCCAGUUUUCAAUGACAAUGUCCAGCUUAAUGUUCGGACUGUUGAUUCCUCCCUCAAAUGCGAGAUUUGGAUGCUGAGUAGGGUGAAGAAUUAUCUUGAAGAUCAGUUGCUGGGGUUUGCUUUGGUUCCUUUGUCAGAUGUCCUCAUCAAGGAUGGGAAGUUAGAGAAAGAGUUCUCUCUUUCUUCAACUGAUCUGUUUCAUUCCCCAGCAGGGUUUGUCCAGUUGUCUCUCUCAUAUGCUGGAGAUUCACCAGACGUAAUGCCUCUGGCCUCAAAUCCUAUUGUGCAGGACUCAGAGAUAGCUGAGCUUCCUUGUGAAUUAGAUAAGUUAGAGUUCCCAGAUCCGAACAUUGACAAUGAGGACCAGAGAAUGGUUUCAGAGUAUAUUAAGAUCCCAUCUUCGGAAUUUGAGUCUCACAGCUCUGAGAGCUUGGUCACUGCUGAAACUGAAAAUCAGCUUAGUUCAGAAGUGGAUGUUCAUGCUAUAGAAAGCUUCUCGACCACUGCUUUUGAGUCUAUCCAGGUUCCAAAGCUUGAUUCUCCCCCAAGCAGUGUGUCAACUAAUGGUGCUUCAUCUCCUUCAGUCCAGGCUAGCUCAGAGUCGUAUGAUGCUCCAUCAGCUUCAGAAUCUCCAAACCAGGAACAAAUAUCGGCCCCAGGAGAGAAAAAAGUGGAUAAAGAUGGUGAGACUGAUUCGUCUAAUGGGGUGCCAAGUGAUGCAUUUGCAAAACCUACUGUCACUGUCACCGUUCCUGAGCAGCAGGUGGUGCAGCAGGAUUUUGUAGACAUGUACAUGAAAAGCAUGCAGCAAUUUACCGAGUCUUUGGCAAAAAUGAAGCUUCCUUUGGACCUUGAAUCACCAACCAGUUCAGAAAAUUCGAGCUCUGAUCAGAAAAUGCAGACACCGAAGAACAGCGGUUCCCGUGUGUUUUAUGGGAGUAGGGCUUUCUUCUGA